AUGUUUUCCUCCCUCUUCUGUCUUGUAGCAUCCUCCAAACGUCUCAUAUUUCAAUCACGCCAGCGCCUUUACACUACUUUAACACAAGAACAGGGCCGCAUGUCUAAAAUUAUGGAAGAUUUACAAAGUGACUACGUUCCGCUUAUCGCCAGUAUCGACGUGGGGACCACCUCGUCCAGGUGUAUUCUGUUUAACAGGUGGGGUCAAGACGUUUCGAAACACCAAAUUGAAUACUCGACUUCAGCAUCAAAGGGCAAAAUUGGGGUUUCUGGGCUGAGAAGACCCUCUACGGCGCCAGCUCGCGAAACACCAAGAGGCAGUGCUGUCAAAACUAACGGAAAGCCCAUAUUCUCUGCAGAAGGCUAUGCCAUCCAAGAAACCAAAUUCCUAAAGAUUGAGGAAUUGGAGCUGGAUUUUCACAACGAGCCCACGUUAAAGUUCCCGAGGCCUGGUUGGGUCGAAUGUCAUCCACAGAAAAUUCUGAUGAACGUUGUUCAGUGUCUUGCCUCAAGUUUGCUUUCGUUGCAAGCCAUCAACUCCGAACGUACAGCCAACGGUCUGCCCCCAUAUAAGGUAACCUCUAUGGGCGUAGCGAACAUGAGAGAAACCACGAUCCUGUGGUCCCGUCGAACCGGCAGACCAGUUGUUAACUACGGUAUUGUCUGGAAUGAUACUAGGACGAUCAAGAUUGUCAGGGAAAAAUGGCAGAACACCAGUGUCGACAGACAGCUACAGCUGAGACAAAAGACCGGAUUGCCGCUGCUAUCCACAUACUUUUCAUGCUCUAAACUUCGGUGGUUUCUGGACAACGAACCUCUGUGUGCUAAGGCAUACGAGGAGAAAGACCUUAUGUUUGGCACUGUGGAUACAUGGCUACUUUAUCAAUUAACCAAACAGAAGGCAUUUGUAUCUGAUGUAACAAACGCCUCCAGAACAGGAUUCAUGAAUCUGUCCACUUUAAAAUAUGAUGAGGAGUUAUUGGCCUUCUGGGGUAUUGAUGGAAGCCUGAUUCACAUGCCCGAAAUUGUGUCUUCAUCUCAAUACUAUGGUGACUUUGACAUUCCUGGUUGGAUAAUGGACAAACUGCACGAUUUACCAAAGACUGUGCUACAAGAUCUAGUCGAGAGCAAGUUACCUAUACAAGGCUGCCUGGGUGACCAAAGUGCUUCCAUGGUGGGCCAGCUGGCCUACAAACCUGGCGCUGCAAAGUGUACCUAUGGCACUGGUUGCUUCUUACUGUACAAUACAGGGACUAAAAAAUUAAUUUCCCAACAUGGUGCGUUGACAACUUUAGCAUUUUGGUUCCCCAACUUACAAGAGCACGACGGCCAAAAACCAGAACUGAACAAGCCUCAUUUUGCUUUGGAAGGUUCCGUCGCAGUGGCUGGUGCUGUGGUUCAAUGGUUGCGUGAUAAUUUACGACUAAUCGAUAAAUCAGAGGACGUUGGUCCUAUUGCCUCUACAGUACCCGAUUCAGGAGGUGUAGUUUUUGUCCCUGCAUUUAGUGGUCUGUUCGCUCCAUACUGGGACCCUGAUGCGAGGGCAACCAUAAUGGGGAUGUCCCAAUUUACGACUGCCUCUCACAUCGCCAGAGCCGCGGUGGAAGGUGUUUGCUUCCAAGCCAGGGCCAUCUUGAAAGCAAUGAGCUCUGAUGCUUUUGGUGAAGGUUCUAAAGACGUAGACUUUUUAGAAGAAAUCUCCGGCGUCACAUAUGAAAAGUCACCAUUGUCAGUUUUGGCGGUAGAUGGUGGAAUGUCGAGGUCUAAUGAAGUCAUGCAAAUACAAGCGGAUAUUUUGGGACCCUGUGUCAAGGUUAGGAGAUCGCCAACAGCAGAAUGUACCGCUUUGGGAGCUGCCAUUGCGGCAAACAUGGCAUUCAAAGACUCCAAAUCGCGCCCAUUAUGGAAAGACCUGCACGAUGUGAAAAAAUGGGUCUUCUACAAUGGAAUAGAGAAAAAUGAACAAAUAUCACUAGAAGCACAUCCCAACUUGAAGAUCUUUAGAAGCCAAUCCGAUGACUCUGAAAGAAGAAAACAUUGGAAAUACUGGGAAGUUGCCGUUGAAAGAUCCAAAGGUUGGCUGAAAGACAUAGAGGGCGAGCACGAACAGGUUCUAGAAAACUUCUAA